AUGGGUUUCGCGAGACGACCAAAAGAUAGAAAAGCCCAGGCGGGCGCAUCGGGCCAGGGCGGCGCAGCGGCGAGACCCAAGAAGGCCACCUACGAAGUCACCAAGAAGAAGGAAAUUGGCGUGUCCGACCUUACGUUGCUCAGUAAGGUGUCCAACGAGGCGAUCAACGACAACUUGAAGAAGCGAUUCGAAGGUCGCGAGAUCUACACAUACAUUGGCCAUGUGCUGGUGUCUGUCAACCCCUUUCGCGAUCUCGGCAUAUACACCGAGGAGGUUCUCGACAGCUACCGGGGCAAAAACCGUCUCGAGGUGCCGCCGCACGUCUUUGCCAUUGCCGAGUCGGCUUACUACAACAUGAAGGCCUACCAGGAAAACCAGUGCGUCAUCAUCUCCGGCGAGUCGGGCGCAGGCAAGACCGAGGCGGCGAAGCGCAUCAUGCAGUACAUUGCCAGCGUAUCGGGGGGCGAGUCUGGAGACAUCAAGCAGAUCAAGGACAUGGUGCUGGCCACGAACCCUUUGCUCGAAUCCUUUGGCAAUGCCAAGACGUUGCGAAACAACAACUCCUCCCGCUUCGGCAAAUACCUCCAGCUGCACUUCAACGCCCAAGGCGAGCCAGUGGGAGCCGAUAUCACGAAUUACCUCCUCGAGAAGACGCGAGUCACUGGCCAGAUUACCAACGAGCGCAACUUCCACAUCUUCUACCAGUUCACCAAGGGUGCUUCGCAGACCUACCGACAGCAGUUCGGCAUCCAAACGCCCGAGACGUACGCUUACACGAGCCGAUCGAAAUGUUUUGACGUGGACGGAAUCGACGAUCUUGCCGAGUACCAGGACACACUGAACGCCAUGAAGAUUAUUGGUCUCAACCAGGCGGAACAGGACGAGAUCUUCCGUAUGCUUGCGGCUAUACUGUGGACGGGUAACAUCCAGUUCCAGGAGGACCAGGAGGGAUAUGCCGCCAUCACGGAUCAGUCUGUCGUGGAUUUCCUGGCUUACCUGCUCGAGGUGACACCCGAGCAGCUUGUCAAGUCCAUCACGAUUCGAAUCCUCACCCCACGCAACGGCGAGGUCAUUGAAUCCCCAGCCAACCCCGCUCAGGCCAUUGCCACGCGCGAUGCCCUUGCGAAAGCUAUCUACAACAACCUCUUUGACUGGAUCGUCAACCGCGUCAACCAAUCUCUCAAGGCCAAGCAGGCUUCCAAGAACGCCAUUGGCAUUCUUGAUAUUUACGGUUUCGAAAUCUUCGAAAAGAACACUUUCGAGCAACUGUGCAUUAACUACGUCAACGAGAAGCUGCAGCAAAUCUUCAUUCAAUUGACGCUGAAGACGGAGCAAGAAGAAUAUGCGAGGGAGCAGAUCCAGUGGACACCCAUCAAGUAUUUCGACAACAAGAUUGUCUGCGACCUCAUUGAAUCUACAAGGCCACCUGGUGUCUUCUCGGCCAUGAAGGACGCCACCAAGACUGCCCACGCUGACCCGGCCGCUUGCGACCGCACAUUCAUGCAGAGCGUCAACAGCAUGUCUAACCCUCACCUGACACCCAGGCAGGGCAGCUUCAUCAUCAAGCACUACGCAGGUGACGUGAGCUACACGGUCGAUGGCAUCACGGACAAGAACAAGGAUCUGCUUCUCAAGGGUCUUCUCAACUUGUUCCAAACGAGCGGCAACCAGUUCGUACACGCGCUCUUCCCUAACCAGGUCGACCAGGACAACCGGAAGCAGCCCCCGUCCGCCGGCGACCGUAUCCGUAGCUCAGCCAACGCUCUGGUGGAAACACUGAUGAAGUGUCAGCCAUCUUACAUUCGCACGAUCAAGCCGAACGAGAACAAGUCGCCGACUGAAUACAACGUCCCGAACGUCCUGCAUCAGGUCAAGUACCUCGGUCUGCAAGAGAACGUCCGCAUCCGUCGUGCGGGUUUCGCGUACCGUCAGUCAUUCGAGAAGUUUGUCGACCGCUUCUUUCUCUUGUCGCCUGCAACCUCGUAUGCCGGCGAGUACACCUGGACGGGGUCAUACGAGGCCGCGGUCAAGCAGAUCUUCAAGGACACGAGCAUUCCGAAGGAAGAAUGGCAGAUGGGUGUGACCAAGGCGUUUAUCAAGUCGCCUGAGACCCUGUUCGCUCUCGAGCACAUGCGCGAUCGUUACUGGCACAACAUGGCCACACGAAUCCAGCGCAUGUGGCGCGCUUACCUUGCUUAUCGUGCCGAGUCUGCAACUCGCAUCCAACGUUUCUGGCGUAAGAAGAGAACUGGCGCCGAGUACCUGCACCUUCGGGAUCACGGCCACCAGGUCCUGGGAGGCCGCAAGGAGAGGCGCCGCAUGAGUCUUUUGGGCUCAAGGCGCUUCCUCGGGGACUACAUGGGCCUCAACGCCUCGACUGGCCCUGGUGCGCAGAUCCGCAACGCUGUCGGUUUGGGAGGCAACGAGAAGGCUGUUUUCUCGUGCCGUGGUGAGAUACUCGAGGCCAAGUUUGGUCGCUCCAGCAAGCCCAGCCCCCGCACCAUUGUCGUGACGAACAGCAAGUUCUACAUCAUCGCACAGAUGCUUGUCAACGGGCAGCCCCAAAUCACGGUCGAGCGUGCGGUGCCGCUUGGUGCCAUCAAGGGUGUCAGCGCUUCGAACGCCCAGGACGACUGGUUCUCGCUACUGAUCGGAUCUCCCCAAGAGGCUGAUCCUCUUCUGAACUGCGUUCUCAAGACUGAGCUUUUCACUCAGAUGCAGCGCGUCAUGCCCGGAGGGUUCAAUCUUCAGAUUGCCGAGGCAAUCCAGUACGCCAAGAAGCCAGGCAAGAUGCAGCAGGUCAAGGUGCUCAAGGACUCACAACAGUCUGUGGACUUUUACAAGAGCGGUGCUAUUCACACCCGUGCUGGAGAGUCCCCGCAGUCGAGGUCGCGACCUACGCCAAAGGGCAAGCCGGUGCCGCCUAGGCCGAUCACUCGCGGCAAGCUCAUCAGGCCUGGUGGUCCCAAUGGCCGACCUGCCAGAAACCAGCCCACCACUGCACGCAAGCCUCAGCCUCGGCCAGUUCCCACUCCGGCCGCUGUUGUUGUCCCCGCCGCCGCCUCCACAGCCAGGCCCGUACCCUCUUUCGCGCAGCCGGCUGCUCAGCAAACGCAGGCGGCUGUUCAUGCCCCACUCCCGUCCCAUACCAGGAACACCUCGGCGACGUCUUCCCGGGGACCUCCUCCGCCCCCGCCUGCUCCUCCCGCCAAGGCCAAGGUCAUUGCUAAGGUGCUGUACGACUUUGACGGGCAGAAGGAGAAUGAGCUGUCCAUCAAGGCGGGCGAUAUCAUCGAAAUUGUGCAGAAGGAGAACAAUGGAUGGUGGCUCGGCAAGAGUGGCGGCCAGCAGGCCUGGGUGCCCGCCGCGUACGUCGAGGAGAUGGCGCAAGAGCCGGCUCCGAGGGCACCUCCCCCGCCCCCUGCCAAGCGCCCGGCUGCGGGUCGCAAGCCUGCCGCCCUCUCCGCGCAGCAGCCUCGGGAUUCGGUCAUCAGCAACGGCGCCAGUGGGUCUGACAACAGCCGCAGCAACACGCCGACGCCGAGUCUUGGCAACAGCUUGGCCGACGCGCUGCUGGCGCGCAAGAACGCCAUGCAGAAGAAGCAGGAGGAUGACGAUUGGUGA